GAUCCUGGCGCCUCUGGCGCCCCUUAGCGGGACUCUACAGUCCCACACUCCGAAACCUCCACAAUUGAGGUGCAUAAGCAUUAGCCUCUCUAUAAUGCGCCGCCAAACUCUAUGAUCCUUGAGGGGGCGGGACGUUCACCUACCCACCGCGCACGCGCGAAGCCCCUCUUGCCGCACAAAGACUGCGGGAGGAGGUGUCGGCGCAAGCGCUUUGAGUCUCUCAGAAAAUAGGGUAAUCAUCCCGCCUCCUGGCGCAGGGAGGGCGGAGAGAGGCAUGCGCUUAGAAGGCGCGGGACUUAUUUCACGCUGGGGGUGGCGAUGACGUAAUGACAGAGGAGGAGGUGGUCAAGGAACGGAAGCCGGGAGGGAACUAGAGCGGAAGGGAACCAGGGCCGGGCUUGUGUUCGGAGCCUUGGCGGGGCAGGGGUUCCGAUGUGGUCCCCGGAGCGGGAGGCCGAGGCCCCGGCCGGGGGAGACCCGGCGGGCCUACUGCCCCCCGAGUGGGAGGAGGAUGAGGAACGCAUGUCUUUCCUGUUCUCCGCCUUCAAAAGGAGUCGCGAGGUGAACAGCACCGACUGGGACAGCAAGAUGGGCUUCUGGGCUCCGUUGGUGCUGAGCCACAGCCGCCGCCAGGGGGUGGUGCGCCUGCGUCUGCGGGACUUGCAGGAGGCCUUUCAGCGCAAGGGCAGUGUCCCCCUGGGGCUGGCCACCGUGCUGCAGGACCUACUACGUCGAGGGGAGCUGCAGCGGGAGUCAGACUUCAUGGCCAGUGUAGACAGCAGCUGGAUCUCCUGGGGGGUUGGAGUCUUCCUGCUGAAGCCCCUCAAGUGGACUCUUUCCAACAUGCUAGGGGAUAAUAAAGUUCCUGCCGAGGAGGUGCUCGUAGCUGUGGAGCUGCUUAAGGAGAAGGCUGAGGAGGUGUAUCGUCUGUAUCAGAACUCCCCUCUCUCCUCCCAUCCUGUGGUGGCCCUGUCAGAGCUGAGCACCCUCUGUGCGGGCUCCUGUCCAGACGAGAGGACCUUCUACUUGGUGUUGCUGCAGCUGCAGAAAGAGAAGAGAGUCACAGUUCUCGAGCAGAAUGGGGAAAAGAUUGUGAAGUUUGCCCGAGGGCCACAUGCCAAGGUCUCUCCUGUCAACGACGUAGAUGUUGGGGUAUACCAGCUGAUGCAGAGUGAACAGCUGCUCUCGCGCAAAGUGGAGUCCUUGUCCCAGGAAGCAGAGAGGUGUAAAGAAGAAGCCCGCCGGGCAUGCCGAGCCGGAAAGAAGCAGCUGGCACUGAGGUCUCUCAAGGCCAAGCAACGGACAGAGAAGCGCAUCGAGGCCCUGCAUGCCAAGCUGGACACUGUUCAAGGCAUCCUGGACCGGAUCUAUGCCUCGCAGACAGACCAGAUGGUUUUCAAUGCUUAUCAGGCCGGGGUAGGAGCACUAAAACUCUCCAUGAAGGAUGUCACAGUGGAGAAGGCAGAGAGCCUUGUGGAUCAGAUCCAAGAGCUGUGUGACACCCAGGAUGAAGUUUCUCAGACUCUGGCUAGCGGGGUGACCAAUGGCUUAGAUUUUGACAGUGAGGAACUGGAGAAGGAACUGGACAUCCUUCUUCGGGAUACCACCAAAGAACCUUUGGAUCUGCCUGAAAACCCCCCUGAGACAUUUUAUACCAACAGUGUGCCUAACCCUAGGAUCUCGGACGCUGAACUUGAAGCUGAACUUGAGAAACUGUCCUUAUCAGAGGGAGGUUUGGUCCCAAGCAGUAAAUCUCCAAAAAGGCAAUUGGAACCGACUCUCUAAAGCCAUUCUAGGACCCUCAAGUGAAUGACCCUCGUGUAAAAGAGAGACCAGGCUUGUGUGUGUGUGUACAUAGUUAUUUAAAUGAGAAACUCUCAGAAUUUGUUGGGAAGAGGAGGAAGGAGAGCUACUCUGAUUUAUCUUGGAUGCUACCACUCACCACAGGACAGAUGUCAUUUCUGGAAGCGUGCUCGCAAGGCGUGCUCCCAGCUGGUGUCAUGGACCUGCCUUCUCAUCUUUAUAGUGCCACAAUUUAUACGGUUCCGUGUUUGACCUGUCGUCUCUCAUAGCCUGCAGUUCUUGCCAUUGGCUCAGUUAGGUUUGUUUUCACCCGCCAGCUUUGUUCCAGCCAAUGAAGGUGAAAGAGUUGCAGCUUUGCCAAAUCAAAACCAUUCCCUUCUCCCCACCCCACUGCUUUUUCCCGAGGACUUUAUUCUGUCUGUAAGGUCAAGUAAACAACUUGUUCCAGUCCUACUCUGUUUUCGUUGGUAACUCGAGGAAGGAGAAUCAAACAGCUGCCAUGUUAUGGAGGAACGUACAGUGUGAAAGGUUGUUCUGUGGGGUCACUGGCCAGAUUCUCCAGGUGUUCAGAAAAAGAGGUCACCCCUGAGUGUCAGAGUCACAACAGCUGGUCAGGGGGCUUGUGUAGUUGGUGGACGCUGCUGCCUCUUCCAUCUUACGCAGAAGAUCUGCGGACUGGAGAGUGAUUCUGAGUCUUCUGAACUUGAGGGGGAGAAGCCCAGGUGACUGUAGGGCCCCGGGAGUCCAAACUCCAGAUUUUCGUUAACAAGGCACAAUAUUUGCCUUGCCCCCAUCAUGGAAUAACUUAACAUAUAACUUAAAUAUGUGUAUCAGAACAAGCCACACAACCACACACCUCCCCUUCUUGAGCCUGGCACACAACAACAGGUUCUUGGUUUGAACUUCAGAAGCAUUUCACUUUGUAGCCCAUUGCUCAGGGCAGGGGAUCUGAGCCAGGAUGUGCAAUAGAAGCAGAAGAUUGUGGCCUUCCGCCAUGUCUGCCGUGUGCUUCCCCUGUCCUGCACCACACCUGGCCUGCCUCCUGACGCCCUGUCCGUCGCCUGGGGAGGAUGGUACGCGGGGGGGCGGGCAGAGGGCACACAGGAGGGUCUGAAUGUUCUGGCAACAGGGAGGAGAAAGGAGGACAGCCCACUGCCACUCUGCUGCCACGGUACAAGUCUUUCUGCCUGGAGCCCUUUGCCCUGUUCCUCCUCGAGGUGCUGCAGAGCCGAGGGAAAGAAUUUGCUCCAGGCCAGGAGCACGAAUUACUGUUCAAUUUCUCUCCUACUUGACCUCGGUAAACUGAAAUGUUGGGGGUGAAGAGAAACAAUCACUAUUUUUUCUUUUUUAUCUGGUAAAUAAUUAAAAGAAAAAAUCCGA